CCUUACUGAUCAAUGGUAUCCUCCCUCGCUUCUUCCUCGCUCAUACGACUCAGCAUUCGGCUUGAAGUCUGUGUACCGACGCAGACAAAGAAGGAGGACAAGAAUUUGGCAUUUGGCAGGGCGCCAUCAUAUCUGCGCUGGCGUAGACGAAUGACUCCUGCCAGUCCCGACAAUACCCUUACGGACAGCCUCCUCCACGGCUAGCUUCCCGUCCUCUCGGCUCUGAAGAGGGCAUACGAGCACAGCCUGGUGACUGCUAGGGCUUGUGAGAGCUGCAGAUCAUUUCUUAGCUCGGUUGCACGGUCCGACAAUCGGAAUGGACCGAGAUCAGGGCGUUUAUCAGCCCUACUAUCCUGCGCAACAAGUACCGAUCGCUCAAUGGGACAAUGGAGGGCAACCGCCAUAUCCUCACGAUCAGCAGCAAGGCUUGCACGGUGGCUACCAGUACAUAGCGCCUGCGCCAUACCAGCAGCGACGAUACCCGCAUGCUGACCACCAGCAGCCUUUUCAUCAACCCCAGUAUGGACAUCAGACCCAGCCAGGCUUCGCGGCCAGUCAGCAGUCUCACUAUCAGAUGCGACAACCCGGGCAGCAACCACAGCCGGCGGCAUUUGCACCCGGCCAAGGUCAAUAUUACGCUGCUCAGAGCGUAGGAGGUCCUGGCCGAUCAGCUGCUCCGCCUAUGAGCUGGCAGCAUUAUCCCUCAAUAUCGACGCCUGGUGGACCCCACAACCAGAGACAGCCCAGACAUUCUUACUCGAGAGUUUCAGGGUCUGGAUCGAAUUCCGCUUACAGCAGCGCCGUCGGUAGUGAUGGACCUUCGGCCUACCAUCAGUCGAGCGGAGGCAGCAGUGGCAUGUCUACCCCACAACAUGGUGCAGCACCUGUCCCACUCGGUGCCGGCAUCGGAAUGAGCAAGCUGCCGGCCAAGCCUACCUUUGAACCAUCAGGAGGAGCUGCGUUGCGCCAGUCGCCGAGAUCAUCCAUUGGAGCUGGGGUUGAGGGCGACACUAGUGCAGCUGUAUCCUCUGGCGUAGUCUCAGGGAAGCCUUUGAGCAAAAGCAGCCUCAGUAUGGGCCAGCAAUUGCUAGGUAAACUUCCACCACUGCCCGCUCUACCUGCGGAACCGCAACGUCCCCCGAGCCUUGCCGAUCUGAGACCAACCGAACAUCCCACCUUGUGUCGAGCAUCGAGCUCUGCAGAGCACGACAACAGCUUGCCUGCCGCAACGGACGGCAAGGAGCCAGACGAGGCAGACGAGACUCGCCAGUACCUCUCUUCCUUACUGGCUGUCAUCGAAGCGUACAAGGCCCGAGAGGACGCAAUGCAGAUGAGAGUGGAAGCUCUUGCCUUUCGACCUGCGGAGAGUUGGAGAAGUAUUAGCGCAGAGGCGAGCCUCGGUAGCAAAGACAGCACGACUUCGACUGGUAAAGACGAUACAAGUUCCACAGCCGAAGCAACGACAAGCGAGGCUUCAAAAGAGACAGAAGACUCGCUUGGUCCAGCUCCCGUCCUCGGUGUGCGCUUAUUGAGAAAAGUGAGCGAGCUGCAAAAGGAGAACGAGGAGCUGGGCGAACUGUUAAGCCGAAAGCUUGGGCUCGAUGAAGGAGAGAAGCAGGAGAUGCAGCAGCCAGCAGGUGGGGCAGAGUCAGGAGAGCUCGCACAGAUAAGGGAGGAUCUGGAGGAUGCUCAGCAGCUUCUGGACAAGCUAUCCGGGGCUCUGAAAACCUCAGAGGCAAGAGCUGAGAGGGCAGAGAGGGCCCUGGAGGCAGCUGUACAGACCAGGAGCAAGGGCAUACUGGGCUGAGUAAGAACGCACCAUUGCAUGUAAGCUUGCCCUCUUCACUGCUCUUCGUCAGCGGCACUGCACAUGUAACGAUCUUCACGACUUCUGUUCGAGCGACUCUAGCACUGCUCUACCGUUCAUCAGCAUCAAAAGGGAACACAGCUCAGGCGGAGAAGCGUAGGUGCUGUGAGACUCCAUGCAAAUUGCAGAUCGUGACACAACGAGAAGGUACAAUG